AUGGAAAUUCAAAAUUGCAAAGGUCCACUAGAAGUUUUAAAUGAAUUAAAUCAUGAGGGUAGAAAAAAAAUAUCUUUACUUAGAAAUAAUUUAAAUCUUUUGAAAGCUCUGGCAAAUGAAAGCGAAAAACCAAGCGUUCAAAAAUGGUUACUUAGCGAUGUUAAAACUAGUGAAGAUGAAUUGACAGCAACCAUAGCAGCCUUUCAAAAAGCUAAUACUGUAGCUUUGAUUGCCAUUGAUAAGAGUAAUAGGGAAAAUUUAUUUAACAGUGAAGAAUCUUAUGUUACUCACAGAAAAAAAAAAGACAAGGAUAGUUUGGCUAAAAUUUCUUCUAAUGUAACAGAUCAAUUAUUGUCAAUAAGCAGAUCAUUGCAUGAUUCGACUCAAAGAAGUGCUACAUCUUUGGAUACGUUAUGUUAG